UUUCCUUCCGACCUGAGAGUUUGGAGAAAUUAACGUCCGACCUUCCCUUUCUCUCUCUCUCUCCACCACCGUCUCCGGCGCACUCUCCACCCCCGCCGCCGUCAUCUCCGACGUGAAUGGACUUGCCGCCCCAUUUGCAACAUCACCCAGAAACAAGAAUCUAGGAAGCGAUUGACACGACACAACACGUACGACCACGAACAGAGAUCAAAUUCUCUGCCUCUCUUUUGAUCUCGCACUGUUUUCUUGAGGAGUUCGGCAAAAUCAAUGGCGGACAUCGUGAAACAGAUCUUAGUUCGACCGAUCCAGCUAGCGGAUCAAGUGACGAAAGCCGCGGACGACGCCUACUCGUUCCGGCAGGAAUGUCUCGAGGUGAAGGCGAAGACGGAGAAGCUCGCCGGUCUCCUCCGACAGGCGGCGCGUGCGAGCAAUGACCUCUACGAGCGACCCACGCGCCGAAUCAUCGACGACACCGAGCAGGUCCUCACCAAAGCCGUGGCUCUCGUCGAUAAGUGCCGAGCAACGGGCCUCAUGAAGCGUGUCUUCACCAUCAUCCCCGCGGCUGCGUUCCGCAAGAUCACGAUGCAGCUCGAGAACUCCAUCGGCGACGUGUCCUGGCUCCUCCGCGUCUCCGCCUCCGCCGACGACCGCGACGACGAGUACCUCGGUCUCCCUCCGAUCGCGGCCAACGAACCCAUCUUGUGUUUGAUCUGGGAACAGGUAGCGAUCCUCUACAAAGGCUCCAUGGAUGAGCGAUCCGACGCGGCCGCGUCGCUCGUUUCUUUGGCCCGAGACAAUGACCGGUACGGGAGAUUGAUAAUCGAGGAGGGAGGAGUCCCGCCAUUGUUGAAGCUCGCUAAGGAAGGGAAGAUGGAAGGGCAAGAGAACGCGGCUCGAGCCAUUGGGUUGUUGGGUCGCGACCCGGAGAGUGUGGAACAGAUCGUGAACGCCGGUGUCUGCCAAGUGUUUGCGAAAAUUCUCAAGGAAGGUCACAUGAAGGUACAGUCCGUGGUGGCGUGGGCCGUGUCCGAACUAGCCUCGAACCACCCGAAAUGCCAAGAUCAUUUCGCGCAGAACAACAUUAUACGCUUCCUCGUGAGCCAUCUCGCAUUCGAGACAGUUCAAGAACAUAGCAAAUAUGCCAUCGUGAGCAACAAGCAAACCAUGUCGUCGAUCCACACUGUUGUCAUGGCUAGCAACAACAGCAAUCCUGGUUCGGUAAAGAAGGAGAACGAGCAAGACCAGACGAGUAGCCAAAUCAGUCACCCAAUGGGCCAUCGAAUGCCGAGCCAGAUGCAUAAUGUGGUAACAAACACAAUGGCCAUGAAGGUUCCAAGCAAGCAGCAGCAUCAAGAUAUAAGAAUGAACCCUAAUCCAAGCCAUGGCAAGGGUGCUCACACCAGCCAUCCGGGUCAUAAUCCAAGAGGGAACCCUCACAACACACAUGUUUCGUUAACCGGGACGAGUAUAAAAGGAAGGGAAUAUGAAGAUCCGAUCAUAAAGGCCCAGAUGAAGGCGAUGGCUGCACGAGCGUUAUGGCAGCUUUCGAGAGGGAAUAUCCAGAUAUGCAGGAACAUAACUGAAUCCCGGGCAUUGCUCUGUUUCGCCGUUCUGUUAGAGAAAGGGGACGAAGAAGUGAAGUCAUAUUCAGCAUUGGCAUUGAUGGAGAUCACUGCAGUGGCAGAGCAAUACCCGGAACUGAGACGUUCCGCCUUCAAGCCGACAUCCCCUGCUGCAAAAGCAGUGGUGGAACAGCUCCUAAAAGUGAUCGAGAACGAAAUCCCCGACCUUCUAAUCCCGAGUGUCAAAUCAAUGGGAAACCUUUCGAGAACAUUCCGUGCAACCGAAACCAGGAUAGUCACGCCACUCGUGAAGCUUCUAGACGAACGAGAAGCGGAGGUUUCGAUGGAAGCAGCUGUGGCACUGAACAAAUUCGCCUGCCCCGAGAAUUUCCUGCACGACAACCAUUCGAAGGCGAUCAUUGCAGCGGGAGGAGCCAAGCAUUUGAUCCAACUAGUGUACUUUGGAGAACAAAUGGUUCAAAUCCCGGCAUUGACACUGCUAUGCUACAUAUCAUUGAAUGUACCGGACAGUGAGACUCUGGCUCAAGAAGAAGUUCUGAUUGUCCUAGAGUGGUCGACGAAACAAGCCCAUCUCGCGGAAGAGCCGACCAUCGAAGGGAUUUUGCCGGAAGCCAAGACAAGGUUGGAGCUUUACCAGUCUAGAGGUUCAAGAGGAUUCCAUUGACAUCAACCAAAAAGCUUCAGCUUCUCCCUCGUGAGAACCUUUUUUUUUUUUUGUUUCUCCUCGUUUCCGUGCCGAUGAAUUUGUAUAUACAUAUAUAGAUGUUUGCUUGGGAGUUCAUAGACACAUUGUUCACAAUGGUGUAUAGGCGUUGUUGUAAUAAUACUAACGAACAAUGCUUAUGAAUCUAGUU